AUGUCUCGUUUUCGGCUUUACUUAUAUCUGGUUGGGAUCGUUGUGUGUCUACUAUUGAUUCAAACCAACACUUUUUAUCCAUGGCUUCGAUAUUCAACAAACAACUCAAUCAAAAAUAUAAAUUUCUUGACAACUGAUGAUACACAACAUAAACAAAACAAAAUAAACAAUAAUUCACACGAAAGUCAUCCUAAAGUCAUUGUAUCACAUAAUGAUGUUAACCACAAGUCAAUCAAUAAAGUUAACCUAAAGCUCAAAGAUGUGGAAAUACMGUCACAAUUGAAAAAGUUGCCAAUAAUGCAGARUCUGGAUGCUUACCCUCCCUGGUCUUAUGAUAGGUUUAUGGCUAAUAUGACACUACUUAUCAAAGAAAAACAUAACAAUCAUAGACAACAACUCAAAACAUUAAUGUCUAGUGCUUUCAGUCCAUUGAAUUCAUUGCCAAAAAUACCGAAAUCAGAUGUAAAGAGAAUCCUAUUGUUCACAUAUUUCAGAUCUGGUUCGACAUUUGCCGGCGAUUUGAUGCAACAAAACUGGAAAACUUUCUAUACGUUUGAACCGUUGCAUUAUAUGUCGGAUGGCGUCCGUAUCGAUGACCAACAUGUCGAUGAAGCCGUCAAUUUGAUUGAACAGAUAUACCGGUGCGACUUCAAUAGUAUUCCCAAUUAUGUUGAAUGGGUUCACAAACAGAAGAACCAGUUUUUAUUUAAAUGGAAUAAAUUUUUAUGGGGUGUCUGUCGGUUCCGUUUGACCACAUGUUUUGACCCACAGUUCAUCAGUGAAACGUGUUUGCGGGCAAAAGUUCAGGUCAUGAAAGUGGCCAGACUUCAGAUGAAACAUUUGGACAAAUUGUUGCCUAAAUUGGAUGAUCUAAACAUCAAAGUUGUGUACUUAGUUCGUGACCCGCGCGGUAUACUCAGGUCAAGACAGAACAUGAUGUGGUGUUCGCAAAAAUCCAACUGUUCUCAUGUGGACUCCCUGUGCCGCGAAAUGACCUAUGAUUUAACAGCUUUCCAGAAACUUCAGAAAACCUAUCCAACAAAGUUUAUGCUAAUUAAAUACGAAGAUUUGGCAACUGAUCCGACAAAUUAUGCGAAACAGUUGUUUAAUAAGUCAGACAUACCGUUCUCGAGUUCUGUUAAAAGAUUUCUGAGGACUCACACCAACUCAACAUUGAAGGAGGCGUCCAAACGUAAUCCAUAUAAUACUAUACGUAAUUCAAAGAGUGUGGCCUACGAGUGGAUGCAUACCCUUAAUGUGUCGCAUAUACAACAAGUACAACAAUUUUGUGGACAUUUGUUAACUCAAUUAAACUAUAAAUUUAUUAAUAUUAAUAAUAAU